AUGUGGCGAAUUCCUGCCCUCCGGCUGCUGGGGUGCACUCGGUCCAGUAGGGUUUUUCUCUUUCAGGACGCUGGCCCACGCCACUACGGUUCGUGCCCUCUCGGUGCCCGCGAUGAGGUCCGCGACCGGCGCGCUUACUUCACGACUCCGAUUUUCUACGUGAACGCGGCCCCGCACAUUGGGCACCUGUACUCGGCGCUUCUGGCGGACGCCUUGUGUCGCCACCGUAGCCUCCGGGUUCCCGGUGCCGUCACCACGCGAUUCUCCACUGGCACCGAUGAGCACGGCCUGAAGAUCCAGCAGGCGGCAGCCAUCGCGGGCGUGGCCCCGGCCGAACUGUGUGACCGAGUCUCAGCCCAGUUCCAGCGGCUUUUCCGGGAGGCUGGUAUCGCCUGCACCGACUUCAUCCGCACCACCGAGGUGCGGCACCGGCGAGCGGUGCAGCAUUUCUGGGAGGUGCUGAGGGCCCGGGGUCUGCUCUACAAAGGGCUUUAUGAAGGUUGGUACUGUGCUUCAGACGAGUGCUUCUUGCCUGAGGCCAAGGUCACAAAGCAGCAGGGCCCUUCCGGGGAUGCCUGCCAUGUGUCUCUAGAGAGCGGGCAUCCUGUGGCCUGGACUAAGGAAGAAAAUUACAUUUUCAGGCUUUCGCAGUUCCGUGAACCGCUCCAGCAGUGGCUGCGGGACGACCCUCAGGUCAUCACCCCCGAGCCAUUCCAUCACGCAGUCCUUCAGUGGCUAGAGGAGGAGCUGCCUGACCUGUCCGUGUCCCGGAGGAGUAGCCACUUGCACUGGGGCAUUCCGGUGCCUGGGGACGAUUCACAGACCAUCUAUGUGUGGCUGGAUGCCUUGGUCAACUACCUCACUGUAAUUGGUUAUCCAGAUGCUGAGUUCAAAUCUUGGUGGCCAACCACCUCUCAUAUAAUAGGCAAGGACAUCCUCAAAUUCCAUGCCAUCUAUUGGCCUGCCCUCCUCUUAGGGGCUGGCAUGAGCCCUCCACAUCGUAUCUAUGUCCACUCCCACUGGACAGUCUGUGGCCAGAAGAUGUCUAAGAGCCUGGGCAAUGUGGUGGAUCCCAAGACUUGCCUUGACCGUUACACUGUGGAUGGCUUUCGCUACUUUCUUCUUCGACAGGGAGUCCCCAACUGGGACUGUGACUACUAUGAUGAAAAGGUGGUGAAGCUGCUGGAUUCCGAGCUGGCAGAUGCCUUGGGAGGUCUCUUGAACCGAUGCACUGCCAAGAGACUCAAUCCUUCCGGGACUUAUCCAGCUUUCUGCGCUGCCUGCUUCCCCAACAAGCCAGGAUUGGUGGGGUCAUCAGUUAGGGUUCAGGCAGAGGACUAUGCUCUGGUAAGGGCAGUGGCUUCUUUGCCCAAACAGGUAGCAGACCACUAUGAUAACUUUCAGAUCUAUAAGGCUCUGGAGGCAGUGUCCAGCUGUGUUCGGCAGACUAAUGGCUUUGUCCAGAGACAUGCACCGUGGAAGCUGAACUGGGAGAACCCAGUAGAGGCUCCCUGGUUGGGGACCGUUCUUCAUGUGGCCUUGGAAUGCUUGCGAGUCUUUGGAACUUUGCUCCAGCCAGUCACCCCAACUCUAGCUGACAAACUGCUGUCUCAGCUGGGGGUCUCUGCCACAGAGAGAGGCCUUGGAGAGCUCAAUUUCUUGCCUCGAUUCUAUGGGCAUCCUUGCCCUUUUGAAGGAAGGAGGCUUGGACCUGAAACUGGGCUUUUGUUUCCAAGACUGGAUCAGUCCAGGACUUGGCUGGUGAAAGCUCACAGGACCUAG